AUGCUGGAACCACAGCGUGACCUAAUCAGGCAGGAGGAGCUGGUCCAGGUCAAGUGUUGGGUGUCUGUGCUGAGCUGCCUCCUGUUGGCUUGUCUCUACGUUGGCAGUUUGUACGUCUGGAGAAGCAGUUUACCGAGGAACCAUCCUAGUGUGAUAAAGCGUCGCUGUGUCAGUGUGCUGCUGGUCUCUGCAUUGUCACCUGCAGUGGUAAAGACAUGGAUGCACUGGGCUGAUGUCAGCGUCGACGUGUCUGUGUUGGAGCUGAUGGGAGUUCGUAUGGAAGGCUUUGUUCCUGCAUCCAUACUACCAUUAUUAUUAACUAUGGUUUUCUAUCUUGGUCCCUUUGUUCAUUCUGCUAUGGAUGACCCUGAUGGCUUCACCGGGGAACUGCAGUCUACGCUCGAUGUUCAGACGUGGAGGCUGUGCGUGAGAGAUGCAGUGUGGCUCAGGAACCAGGUGGUGGCACCAGUGACAGAGGAGCUGGUGUUCAGAGGGGCCAUGCUGCCCAUGCUGGUGCCCUGCACUGGACCCACGGCUGCCAUCUUCGUGGCUCCGCUGUUCUUUGGUGUUGCUCAUUUCCACCAUAUUAUAGAGCAACGGCGCCUCGGCAAGGACAGCAUGAGUGUUAUCCUUCUGGUGGCAGGGAUGCAGUUCUUGUACACAACUGUGUUCGGUGCCUUCACUGCCUUUAUAUUCAUGAGAACUGGUCACGUCGUGGGUCCAGUUUUGUGCCAUUCGUUCUGCAACAGUCAGGGCCUGCCUGACGUCACCUCUGCCCUGCAACACCCUGAACGCCCAGCUCUGCUCUUCUCAUAUCUGAUGGGAAUACUGCUGUUUCUGGUGCUGCUAUUCCCGCUGACGGACCCUUUUUUCUAUGGUGCCGCUCCUGUCUGCAGCCUGGCUCCCCCUCCAGCGUCUGUAUGUUAA